CUCAAGCCUUUGCCCCCUCGGGGGGAUCCAGCGGCCGCCGCCCACGGCCCCAGUGGCGCGCGGGCCGGGGCGCCCCGCGGCGAGGCCCCGCGCGGCGCGCGCCCCAUGGAGGAGGACCUGGACGCCUGGCAUGGCGCAGACGUGCUCAGCGCUGCGCUCGGCCAGGCGAUGGAGCGGCAGCCCGGUGCCCCCGACCUGGACGACUGCGUGGACCUGCAGGUCUAUUUCGACGGCACCCCCCGCGCCUCGGAGGCGGGCGAGGCGGUGGCCUUCCUGCGCGCGCGCAUGUGCGAGGCCUUCGAGGUGCUGGGCAGCGAGCUCGCGCGGUACCUGUGGCACCGGGACCGCUUCGUCCUCGAGGUCUGCCUGGGGGAAGGCCCCGGCGACGAGCCCCACCUGGCCGGCCACCUGCGCACCGGGGACGGCGUCGAGGACGAGUGGUUCGUGGUCCACCUACUCCAGCGGCUAACGGCCCGAUGCCCCGACGCGUCGUGCCGCGUCGUCGACAGCGACGGCGAGCUGCUGCUGAUCGAGGCGGCGCUGGCGGCGCCCAGGUGGCUGACGCCGACGAACGCGGAGAACCGUUGCUGGCUCCGCGGGGGCCGCGUCCACAUCCUGCCGAAGCCUGUGCCCCCCGAGCCGCAGAGGCUGUCGCGGCAGGACGCGCUGCGUCACCUGCGGGCGGCGGGCGCGGCGACGGCGGCGAAGGAGAAGGUGCAGCUCGCCAUCCGCGAGCGGCUGCAGGACUUCCCGCGCAGGGCUGUGGAGCUGUCCACCCACGUCGCGAGGGCCGUGCUGCCGGUGCCCGUGGCGCGGCUGCUCGUGGCUUUCCCUCAGCUGGUGGGUUUGGCGCUGGACCAUCUGCCUACGCCCCCCGCGGCCGAGAUGCAGCGGCUGAGGCGGCAGCUGGAGGGCCAGGAGUCGGAGGCCUGCUUCGACUGCGAGGGGCCACCAGCGCAGGAGACCACCUGCAUCGGCGUGCGCUUCACGCGCUGCCAGUUCGCCCGCCUCGCAGGCCUGCGGUGCCAGCUGCCCUCUCGCUUCAGCCAGAAGAGGUGGCGCCAGCCGAGGAAAGCUGACGUGGGGCUGAAGGCGAUGCAGCUCGGCGCUACCCUCUGCGCGGGCCUGGAGCACGCCUACCUGCAAGGGCCGCGGAGCGCCACGGCGCUGCUGCGCUGGCCGAGCUGGGCGGCCGCGGCGGCCGCGCUGCCGCCCUCGCUGCCGUGGUCGCCGGACCCCGCGUUCGCGCGCCACGCCGCGGCCCUCCGGCCCCCUCCCGGCGCGGGCAGCGCCAGCGCAAGGCGCGCGUACCUGCAGCAGUCGUCCCUCGACGCGCCAAUGCGGCCCGAGCUGCGGGCCUGGCUCGCCGACGCCGACGGCAGGCUCGCCGAGGCGGUGGACUUGGCUGCGCACUGGAGGGAUGAGGACGACGAGGACGCGUGGCUGCGCGUCUCGCCCGAAGAGCUGGAGGCCAAGAUGCAGGCCCGCCAGGCAGAGUUCGACGACUGGGACCGGCGGCGCCAGAAGCCUUCCGAUGGCGACCAGGGCGCCGCGACGGCGGAGCCCGAGGGCCCGGGCGCGGGGGAGCUCGAGCGCGAGCUGGCGGGCAUGGGCCAGCAGCUCUCGAGGCUGCUCGAGCGCGCCUCCUGCGUCGACGGCCUCGAGGCGGCUCGGCAGCCGGGCGCUGCCCGCCCCGCUGCGGCGGGCCAGGAGGGCAGCGGCAGCGACAGCUCGGGCGCUGAGGACUGCGACGUCCUCGGCAUGGAGGACGAGCCCCCGAGCGAGGGGGACGAGGACGAAAGCGAGGCGGAGCCCAGCCCGGAGGCAGAGCUGCGGUCGUACAUGGCCGAGCUGGAUGACCAGCUCGAGGAGGUGCUCGACGGAGGCGGCGGGGAUGAGGGCGCGCCAGCGGGUGAGGGCGGGGGGCUGCCCCUCACGUCCCACCACGUCCGGGUCCACGGCGCAGAACCUCUGGACCUCGACGUGCACGCGAUGGAGCACGUGCUCGCCUCCUUCUGUGCCGAGAGCAGGCUGGACCCCGGUCCCGCCGGCCUGCUCCUCAGGGAGCUCGGCCUGGCCGCCGCGGGCGGCGGCGCCGACGUCCGCAAGGCGGCGGCAGGCCGCGCUGCGCCGUGCCCCGGGGCCUGCGAGCUGGACAGCAUGGACUGACCACUGGCACGCGCGCGGGCGGCACCGAGUGCGCGCGGGCGGCCCGCGCGGACGCGCCGGGUCGCCUGCGCGGUCACCGUGCUUCCCGGGAAACAGCAGCCAAAUCGAGCGGCCCCACGCAGCGACGCCCAUGCAGCGAGGCCUGGCUGGACAAGGCCAAGGCCCUCGCGACAUCGAAGGGGGCUCCGUGUGGACAGCCCGCGCGCGCCUCCGAGGAGGAGGCCGCCCGAAGGCGUUUCCGGCGCGCCGGUGUGGGGCGGCACCUGCGACGGGGUCCGCCCGUCGUGUGCCUGCGAGGGUGCCCCCGUGUUCGAGGCAGUCCGUGGCCCUGUAGGCCUGGGCCGGGUCCAGUAACUGCUGGUCGCUUUCGGCGGCCCCUCGGGCGGCGGCGUCGUUCGCGUCGUCGUCCCGACGCGGGCGCCCUGCGCCCCGA